AUGCAAGUCCUCGAUACACACACCCCAGAGCUUCGAACAAUUAUUCAAGUCUGCUCUCUCAAAAUUGGCACCCACGUUCCACCUGCUGUCCCAUCCACCAUGCCUGGAGAGCACCGCAUCCUGGCGCUUGUCUUUCAUGAAUUCGAAGCCGUGGAGCUAUUCGACUUGGUCAAUGUGCACAACCUGCCCUCUCCACAAGGCAUUGAAUUUUCUAUCAAAAAUGGAAUUGGAAUCAUGCCCACUAUGACCCUUACCGAAGCUUUAAAAGACACCAAGCCUUUCAAUACACUCUUCAUCCCCGGAGGUUUGUCAAUCAUGCAUCUUCUCAAGGACCCUAUGCUGGUGGAUAAGAUUUCGAUCCUUGUCGAUCGUGCACCGCGAGUCUUUACAGUCGGCGCCGGGUCUCUGAUGUUGGCCGCGACGGGCCGUCUCGAUGAUUAUGCGGCAACCUGCGACAGACAGUUAUUUGACGAAGCGAUUAAAAGAUGCAAGUCUCAUGCCCUUGUCUCGUUUCUUUCAUUUAAUCUGGGGGCUGACAUUGAAAAUUGA